AUGGUACAAUAUCAUGCACUUGGCCUUUUAUAUCAAAUACGUCGAACGGAUAAACAUGCUAUUAGAAAAUUAAUUGUCAAAUUUUCUAAAGCUGAUCUUCGAAGUCCAUAUGCAUAUUGUUUUCUGAUUCGUAUUACAGCUAAUCUUAUAAAUGAAGAAGGCGAAGGAACGGAUAAUCCAAUGUAUGAUUUUAUUGAUUCAUGUUUACGUCAUAAAAAUGAAAUGGUUAUUUAUGAAGCUGCAUCAACAAUUGUAUCACUUAAAUGUGUUACACCAAAAGAACUUAGUUCAGCUGUUAAUGUUCUUCAAUUAUUUAUUUCAUCAUCUAAACCUGUUUUACGUUAUGCAGCUGUUCGAACGCUUAAUAAAGUUGCUAUUCAAUAUCCAGCAGCUGUAACAGCUUGUAAUGUUGAUCUUGAAACAUGA